AUUUAUUCGUCAAGAAUUCAGUUAAUCAACAAGAUUUUCUAAGCAAACACUUUAUCAUCCUCUCUCUCUCUCUCUCUCUCUCUCUCUCUCAGAGAAGUCAAGUCGCUGAGCAGCAUUCACAGAGAAGCAAAAAAAUGGGUUUUGAGAAGAAAGAUCUGGAUGUGGUGCUGGUUCCGAGUGGCAUGCUCAUCAUGUUCCUGUACCAUCUCCAACUCCUCUACAGAUACCUCCAUCGGCCUCACACCACUUGCAUGGGGUUUGAGAACUUCAACAAGCGCUUCUGGGUUCAGGCCAUCAUGCAGGGUGACAAGAGUAAUAUUGGGACGUCCCUCGGGGUGAUCUCCUCCAACAUUUCAGCGGCGACGUUCCUGGCCUCUGUCUCACUCACCCUCUGCUCCCUGAUCGGUGCCUGGAUCAGCAACACCAACAACAACUUCUUCGCAAGCGACCUUGUCUACGGUGACACCCGGCCCACCACCCUCUCCAUCAAGUACAUCAGCCUCCUCAUCUGCUUCCUCCUCGCCUUCUCAUGCUUCAUCCAGUCGGCCCGGCACUUCGUCCACGCCAAUUACCUGAUCAGCACACCGAGCCCCAGCAUCCCUCCAAAGAGCGUCGAGUUGGCCGUUAUCCGAGGCGGCGAUUUCUGGUCCGUUGGGCUCAGGGCACUGUACUUUGCUCUGAACUUGCUUCUCUGGUUCUUCGGGCCAAUACCAAUGUUUAUUUGCUCCAUUCUCAUGGUCUUGUUCUUGUACUACCUCGACUCGAACACGAUGCCAUUGAUUGAGCACGAGUUCGAUGGGAGUCAAGUGGUGAGGAAGGUGGAGCAAAGAGUGUCUGAGAUAGCAAUGGCCAUUCACAUGCCUUCACAUCAGAAUUGACCAGGCCUGAUUUGUUUGUGUAAACAUCUAGGAAGAAAAAACACGGGGUUUGAUUUUUCUUGCCUUAGAUUGGCAACAUAAUUGUAAUAGAAUACAUGAAGAAUAAACGCGGAAAGGGACUUGAUAGUUUA